AUGCCUCCCGGCGCCACACCGGAAGCAGGCGCCCCUCCUUCAGUGCCUCUGAGCUUUUCAAACAACUUCUGGGGACGAGAUGACGCGGGCGUGGACCCUCUCCUCACACGAAUGCAAAAUGCCAAAACCACUUGCGACGAACUCAAGGCUUUUUACAAUGCGCGUGCCGCUCUGGAGGAGGAAUAUGCCAAAAAGCUGUUGAACCUGUCCCGAAAGCCGCUGGGCAGUGUUGAGCAAGGAACACUCAGAGCCAGUCUCGACGUCGCGAGGGGCGAAACCGAAUCCAUGGGCAAGCAGCAUGCUUUAAUCGCCCAACAAAUGAGGUCGGAGUUGGAGGAACCUUUGGUCGCUUUCGCCGGUGGCAUGAAAGAGCGUCGCAAGAUUGUACAAAAUGGGAUUGAGAGGCUCCUCAAGACUAAACAAGCACAAACGGCCCACGUCAACAAGAGCCGAGACAAAUACGAGCAGGACUGUCUGAGGAUCAAAGGGUAUCUAGCGCAAGGUCAUAUGGUCAUGGGACAAGAGGAACGCAAGAAUAAAGCAAAACUCGAAAAGACGCAGAUCAACAUGGCCGCGAAUUCCAAUGAAUAUGAAGCCGCCGUCAAGGUUCUGGAGGAGACGACGGGGCGAUGGAACAAAGAGUGGAAGGCAGCCUGCGACAAAUUCCAAGACCUCGAGGAAGAGCGCCUGGACUUCACCAAGUCUUCUUUGUGGGCUUUCGCCAACAUCGCAUCCACAGUCUGCGUUUCGGAUGAUGCCUCUUGUGAGAAGAUUAGACUGGCCCUGGAGAAUUGUGAGGUGGAAAAGGACAUCUCCAGCUUCAUCAAGACCUGCGGGACAGGCCAGGAGAUACCAGAUCCGCCACGAUACAUCAACUUCUGCCGGGGCGAUGUUGAUAGUGCUUCAGAGGUGUCCGAAGAUGACAACUAUUCGGUUGCCCAAUUCUCGCGUACCACCAAUCCGGCAUUCAGAUCAUCCUCGCCCACGCAUUCAAAUGCAGGAACAAGAAGCAACCGAAAUGGCACUCCCCAACGCCUCUCAGGAGAGCUUGUGGGUCCCGAUGAAGAUGAUAUGCCAACUCCAUCGAAUGCCAAUAGCGGUCGACCUCCACCCCUCAACUACAAGCAGCCGGGGCCCAAUGUUCCUCCAAACUACUGCCCGAGUCAACACGGUGACGUGCCGCAAGUACCGCAUAAUCAAUACCCGACCGAUGGAAUGACCAUGUUUUGCCGAGCGGACGCCCCUUCAGUGGCUGGGUCCGCCCUGUCUUCGAACACGAGACCAGAGAGCAGAGACAGCCAAAGCGAAUACUCUGCCCCAAGUUCAUUCACCAGUGCUGAGCCGAGCUCUGGUGCAGCAUCACCCACCAAGAUGGCACCUGUCAACGGUGUUGCGUUGCCGGGCAUGACAUCGCCUGACAAAGCUGUUCAAAAGAAGAGAUCGGGAUUCUUUUCAAACAGCCCGUUCCGCCGAAAGUCCAGAAGAGAGAAUGACCAUCACUCUGCUAGCAGCCCUCCAAAUCGCAACACGUGGAGCGCGACUUCGGCAUCCGGUGGUCGAAUCAAUCUCAAUCCCACGGUAUCUAGCACUCAGUCAGGUCCGACCAAGUCCCCAACCCGUCAAACACCAAGCUUUUUCAAUCGAAACACCGCUGCAAUGGCUCCCGAAGGUGAAGACGUCGCGGAUCCUCGAGCAAGCUUCCAGUUGAAUGUCGGCAGUAACGUCUUCGAUGUGGCAAGCCCGGAUGGUCCACAGUCAACACCAAAGGCAAGUGCGGCCAAUCGUCGCAGUCAAUUCCUUCCUCCGCCUUCAGCAAUGGGUGACGAUCUCACGCAUGAUCCUAUUGUGCAAGCGUUAGCCGAUCUGAAGCAGAGCUCCAAUGGCGUAACUGGCAUGGCCAAACAAGCCAGCACGCGAGUGGCAGUCGAUCGUUAUCACGGCGUAGCCACUCCAGCCCCUGAUCAAGAUCCCGCGGCAAGACCACCUACGUUGAGUGCGGAGAGUCAGGCACGGUUGGCAGCACAACGAGGAACUCCUCCACCAGCUUAUGAGAGUGGUGGAGGUAAACCGCGGAGCGCUCUUGGUGUCCCACAACCUGCACAUACCAAGAGGGAGAUGCUGAAUCGCACGGAGACGUGGGGCAUUGGCUCAGUUUCUUCAAAUCCUAGAGGCAGUCAACAAUCCAGACCAGGCACUCGAGAUGGAAGACGCAGUCCAGGCCCCGGAAUGAUGAGAGCUGCCAGCCCACAACCACAGGGUGGAUAUCAACAACGGUCGAGGAGCCCCGCCCCAGAUAUGGCUCCGAGAGCCGCAAGUCCACAGCCCCAGAGCCAGUAUCCACGAUCUCGAAGUCCUGGGCCGGGGAUGAUGCCCCGCGCUGCUAGUCCGCAGCCUCAGGAUCCAUAUAUGCGAUCACGCAGUCCCGCCCCAGCGAUGAUGCAACAAAACGGCAAUCCUCCAGGCCAGCCUGGAUCUCACUACCGCGCAGCCUCGCCUAAUCCGUACGGAGGUGGAAGAUCAAGAGGUCCAGGUCAAGGCCCCGGGCCAAGACAAGGCAGUGGAAUGGAGAUGCAACUGAGUUCUCAGGACGUGACGAGAUACGAUGGCUCCGGCAGUGGCAGUGGACGAAGCCGACAAGGAAUGAUGCGGCCGAACUCCAGUUUCGGUGGGGAUCGGUACCAGCAGCAACAUCAAGGCCAUGACGGACGAGAAUCGAAACACAGAGGCGCCACGGACACCGAACUUGGGAGAGAACGCAGCAAGAGUUCAGCUAAUAUCCCAUUUAGACCUGCUGCUGCGCCUGCACCGAUAUUGCAUUAUGCACGGGCGAUGUACAGCUACACGGCCGCGAUCCCGGAGGAGUUGAGCUUCAGCAAAGGUGAUAUCCUGGCUGUGCUGCGCCUGCAGGAUGAUGGUUGGUGGGAGGCCGAAGUCAAAGAGAGCGUCAAGGGCACCAGAGGUGGUGGCAUUGGUUUGGUCCCAAGUAAUUAUUUGCAGAGAUGUUAA